AUGGGUACCAGUCCACUAGAGCAUUCACCAUCCCUCAAGUUAGCAAGCCCCAGUGGCAAUUCACUUACUCUCAUAUGUAACAAUAGCAUUAGUGGCCAAAAGAAUGCUAUUCAAUGCUCAGGUAACAUGAAAAUAGACAUUCCAAAUGGGCCAAUAAAUGCAGCCAACCACUCUGUAGUGUCUGAAUUUGUGCUCCUGGGACUCUCAAAUUCCUGGGAGAUUCAGAGUUUUCUUUUUUUCUUUUCUUGUCUUUUCUAUGUGUCCAGCAUCACAGGAAACCUUCUCAUAGUGGUCACUGUAACCACUAACCCUUAUUUGCACUCCCCCAUGUAUUUUCUGCUGGCCAAUCUCUCUGUCAUUGAUCUGAUAUUUUGCUCUAUUGCAGCACCCAAGAUGAUUUGUGAUAUUUUCAGGAAGAGGAAAGUCAUCUCCUUUGGAGGCUGUAUAGCUCAGAUCUUUUUUAGCCAUGCUGUUGGCAGCACAGAGAUAGUGCUGCUCAUAGCCAUGGCCUUUGACAGAUAUGUGGCCAUAUGUAAGCCUCUCCACUACCUGACUAUCAUGAGCCCACGAAUGUGCAUUCUGAUUUUAGUGAUUUCCUGGACCACUGGUCUCAUUCACUCAUUGGUUCAGUUGGCUUUUGUUGUAAACUUGCCCUUCUGUGGCCCCAAUGUAUUGGACAGCUUUUACUGUGACAUACCUCGGCUCAUCAAACUUGCUUGCACUGAUACCUAUAAACUGGAGUUCAUAGUUACUGCUAAUAGUGGGUUCAUUGCCUUGGCUGCUUUCUUCUUGCUCAUCCUCUCUUAUAUUUUUAUCCUGGCCACUCUUCAGAAACACUCCUCAGAGGGUUCAUCAAAGGCUAUUUCCACUCUGUCAGCUCAUAUUGCUGUCGUAGUUUUAUUCUUUGGUCCGUUGAUUUUUUUCUAUAUGUGGCCGUCUCCUUCAACACCUCUGGAUAAAUUUCUAGCCAUAUUUGAUGCAGUUUUGACUCCUUUUUUAAAUCCAGUCAUUUACACAUUCAGAAACAGAGAGAUGAAGAUAGCAAUUAGGAGAGUGUUGGGUCAGGUUAUGGGUUUUAGAAGAACCAAUUAA